GUACCUACAAAGACGAAGCGAAGCGGAUUCUACUUGUUGUUCAUAUAGUAUUCUCAGAAUAUUUGUGGAAUUAAACACUGGAGAGUGAUUCAGGGUAUUGAAAUAACUAGAAACCGACAAGAUGUCGGUAGCUUUUGCGCCAAGAGGCAAUCGGCCUCCGCUUAGUCCUGCUCAAAUCCAAAAAAUGUUGGACGAGAAUGCUCAUUUAAUACAAACUAUACAAGAGUACCAAGCGAAAGGCCAACUAAUGGAAUGUCAUCAAUACCAGCAAGUUUUACAUCGAAAUCUUGUGUAUUUGGCAUCAGUAGCUGAUGCUAAUCAAAAUAUUCAGGCCCUUUUGCCGCCUCCUCAUCAAUUGGCAGCAGGCAAUGUGCCACCUCAGGGCCCUCCUCAAGGCCCUCCUUCAAGUGGAGCAGAGUCCCCCGGCCCAUCCCAGCAACCAUACAGACCACCAACUGGUGUGUCAACAACACCAACUAGACCGACCCAGUCUUAUGGGCAGAGACCAUAUCCUCAGAAUCAAUAUCAAGGCCAAUACCAAGGUGCACCUGGUUAUCCUCCGCAAGGUGGUUAUGGGCCCCCCAGUCAGGGAUACGGACCUCCUAAUCCUGCUCAGCAACCUCAGGGCUAUCCUCCUAACUCAACUUAUGGACCUCCUAUUACUACAACUCCUAGUAACUAUCCACCUUCCACUCACCCUGGAGGUGGCUAUCCACCAUCUACAGUACAGCAGCCUUAUGCUCCUCCACCAGGUAGUCCCGCUGUGGCUGGUUCCCCAUACCCAGUGCGUGGGCCCGCCCAACCUGGGUACACCGGGAACUCUGCUUACCCACCACCACAGUCUGGUCCAAAUUAUGGAGGUCCCAAUGUGGGAGUAAGCACUUAUAAUUCAACUCCAUCCCAACCCCAACCUUACCAGUCUCAGCCAUUCCCUAACACAACUCCCACUUCCGCUUACAGCACAACCCCCACUUCACAACCUAACAGAUCUCCUCAGCCGCCUCCCAGUGGUUACACAGCUCAAAACCCACCCAGCUCAGGGUACGGUUCUCCUUCCGCUCAAUCUCCUACCUAUAAUUCUAGUUCUCACGGAAAUAAUGUGCCACCUUCCACCGUCGCGUCAGGGGGCGGUCCUCCCCCUCCGAGCGGUCCUCCCGGACAGCAGUACCCGCCUCCCGGUCAACCAUCUCCUUACCCACCGGCUACGCAACCUCCGUAUUCCAAUCCUUCGUCGCAACCCGGCAGUCCCGCUCCGUCGGUGUCGACGGCGCCUCCCGCGCAAGGCUCGUACCCCCAGAACCCGCAGAGCUACCCCCCGGCGGGCGGCGCGUACCCGCCGCACGCGUACCAGCAGGGCUACCCGCCCGCGCAGUACCCGCCGUCCCCGUACCCGCCCUACGCCCGCGCGCCGGCCCCGGGCGCGCCGCCGCCCGGCGCCCCGCAACCGUAUCCCGGUUACGGUUUUCAACCGCCCACCCAACAGUAGUUGUGUUGUGAAUAAGUAGUAUA